AUGGACCCGCCACCACCACCAGACCUCGCGGCACCGCCGACGGUCCUUGCGCUCCGCGACCUAGCCCCGCCAGUCCAAGGACGUCCUGGCAGCCUGGCGAGUGUGAGGAGUGGUCGGGACCUCGUCAAGGCCGCCGACGAGACCGUCUUCGUCCCAGAGCAACUGUACGCGUUCCUCACGUCCCCAGAACAUACGGUCACUGCGUGUCUGGGUAAUGCGACGGUGGACAUGCCAGUCCGUAUUAUUGCCGAACAUCUCUUUGGGCUUGGGUAUGGUUCGUUUGGACUUUGGACGGGCGAGAUGCCUACGCGGCCGCCGGAACGAGUCGAACGCGAUCCACUCAAGGGCGUCAAGGGAUGGCUGGGACGGAUAACGGGAAAACCUGGGCGAAGGUCUGGUAGUCCAGCCAAGAAGGAGAAUGAGAGCGAGAGGGCCAGCGACGAGAGCGACGCCGACACAGAUACUAUUCGUUCGAUGCGGAAUCUCUCGACUUCGGAGUUGGACGAAGUUCGGCGGUGUGGUCAAUGGCGUGGAGCGAGCCCAAGCGACCUCUUUCUCAAUAUCUAUGCGCAGGCCCUCCUUGCCCUCGAGAAGAACCCCCUUAAUGGGUUGGUAUCACCCGCGCUCAUGGGCGCGUGCGGCGUUGCGCCGCUCACUAUCAUUUCACACAGCUUGGAUAUCGUGCGACACUAUGCCUCACUCAUCGCGAGGUCCAAGAGCGAAAUCUUCUUCACGACCAAUGUAUGGGAAGCGAGUGAGGCGGCGUCUAUCGUUGCCGACGCGCUCAGAGCUCUCUCCAAAGCUGUGAUGGAGCGCGGCGGCCCAAAAGUCGUGGUCAAGAUCAUGUACGAUCGUGGGGUUGCGGAUGGGGGUGCACACCAGCGCGUCGACCCAAAGAUCUUCUCCUCCCCAGCGGUCGGGUUACCCUCCCCCGAAGAGGUGCCGGGUUGCAGUCUCGAGGUGCAGAAUUACCAUAUUCCUCCAGUCGGCUCGUUCCACCAGAAGACGGUGAUUGUCGACCGCCAAGUCGCGUUGCUAAGCAGUAACAACGUGCAGAAUCGGGACGACGUGGGGUUCAUGGUCCAGCUCGAGGGUCCAAUCGUACAGAGCAUCUACGACACGGCCAUCCUCUCGUGGUGGAUGAGUUUCAAGGACCCACUGCCCCUCCUAGCCCGUCCUCCGGAAUAUCCCGACACCCUCUCCGAACAAGACUUCAUCUUUGGCGAAGCCCACAAGGACGUAGAGGGCAUGGGUGAUCGCGAAGCGAUAGCCGAACGAACCCGUCAACGACUGGUGCUCACUCCUCCAGUAGAAGGAAACCCAUUUAGUCCUGUGGUCGUUCACGCCCCCCACGCACCCUUCCCUGUCGCAAUGGUGAACCGUACACCACGAGGACGGCGGGGAUGUGGUGACGCCUUUGUUCCACAAAACCAAGCCUGGCUUGCAGGCUUCAAAUUCGCCACCCGCAAAGUAUUCCUCCAAACGCCAACAUUCAGCGCUAAACCACUCGUCCUCGCUGCGCUCGAGGCAGUUCGGCGCGGUGUCGUAGUGGAAAUCUACGCCGACCUGGAAUUCGAUAACGGAACACCAAGCGCCGAGGGAAGAGCAAACCAGCUCGUCGCAGCCUACAUGUACUCUCAACUGGUGCCUGAACAUCGCCAGAAUCUCAGAGUAUACUGGUACACUGCCAAGGGCGAUUCAAUUGUGGACGAGCAGAUUGCGGUGCAGGGCAACGGGAACGCAGAUGUCAAUUCCUGGUUACAUGCCCAGGAGAUUAAUGUCCUCGUUGACUCUGCGCAGCUUUGUCGAGAGUGGAGGACGGCACUCGACGCUAACCAGGAUACGAGAGCACAAGGGCGCGUUGGCGACGAUGGCGUCUGGCGAGACGCCAGUGGGCGCGCACUUCCCGCCGCGCCGGAGAGCACGCCCGCAACCAUGCCCCGCACGUUGGUCAGGGAGACACCUGUGCGCGACGUGCGGAAUCGCGAGCCGAGGCCACCGAUGCCUAAGCGCGAUAGCGGGGGGAUUGCGCUCGUCAAGAAGGCGGCGGCGGCGGCGGCGGCCAAGUCCCCUAGGCCGCAGAGCAUGGAUGGGAAGAAGGUGUAG